AUGGACAGCUUCUUGGAGGACCUUGAGAACUUGGUCGAAUUCUUCCUUAUCGAAUUCCAGCGGAUUCUCUUCGUUGAAAAUCUCAGCUAUACUGUUUCCGUAUGUGUCUACACCCACACCCACCUAUUUGAACUUGAUUCAGUGGCGCUUCUAACAUCCGCCCAGGCAUUCGUUACUGCCUUGGUUUCAUACUGGCUGGUAAUGUUCCUACCCCUGUGGGGCUUGGCUUUGAUUGCUACCUGCGUCGCCUACUUGGCCCCGUUGGUUUAUAUCACCAACAAGGAAUUUAUCGACAGCCAGCUUGGAAAUGCACAGGAAAUCGUGGCUAACCAAGCUUCCCAUGUGAAAGAGAUGGCUGAAACUCAAACCGCACAAGCCACCCACAUUGUCAGGCAGUAUGUCGGAGAGUAUCGAGCUAAGGCCAACGGUUACAUUGGAUCCACCAAUGGUGCCGUUUCAAACCUCACUGCACCUAAGGCUGAACCAGAGCCCACCCAGGAACCUUCCCAGAAACCAGCUCAGGCACCAGCUCAGAAGACCGUUGAAGAGAUCGUUGAGGAAAAUAUUCACCAAACUUCUGCUCCUGAAGCUGCUCUCGAAUCUCUCCCAGAUAUUCCAAAGACAGAGGAACUCCCUGAUCUGCAGCAAGUCGCCCACGCAGAUUUUCCUGAGGCCCCUACUGGCGAACUUUCUGGUGAAGUAAAGGAAGCCGACAAGGUACCCGAAUUGGUCCAGAUCUCCUAA